AGCUCACUCUAGUCCAAGCCCUAGCUUUACCGAGACGAAAACGUACGUUCUGACGUGUCGGGGUCUCACUGGGCCUGAAUCGUCGACGACUCGGAGAGUCGCAGGCGCGAAGUUUCCUGGCCUGGAAGAGGGGUCGCCCAGAGUGCGAGAUGCAAGUGGGGAAGCCCAUCCUCUAUUCCUAUUUCCGAAGCUCCUGCUCAUGGAGAGUUCGAAUCGCUCUGGCCUUGAAAAACAUGGACUAUGAGAUGAUAACCAUCAACCUCACAAAGGAUGGGGGGCAGCAGUUCUCUGAAGAAUUCCAGGCCCUGAAUCCCAUGAAGCAGGUGCCAGUCCUGAAGAUUGACGGAAUCACCAUUGGCCAGUCACUGGCCAUCAUUGAGUACCUGGAGGAGACCCGGCCCACGCCGCGACUCCUGCCUCAGGACCCAAAGAAGAGGGCCCACGUGCGCAUGAUUUCCCACCUCCUGGCCAGCGGCAUCCAGCCCCUGCAGAACUUGUCUGUCCUGAAGCAAGUGGGACAGGAGAACCAGCUGACCUGGGCCCAGCAGGCCAUCAGUUCUGGCUUUAACGCUCUGGAGCAGAUCCUGCAGAGCACAGCGGGCAAGUACUGUGUGGGAGACGAGGUGUCCAUGGCUGACCUGUGCUUAGCGCCUCAGGUGGCAAAUGCCGACAGGUUCAAGGUGGAUCUCACUCCCUACCCUACCAUCAGCCGUAUCAACAAGUCACUGCUGGCCUUGGAGGCCUUCCAAGUGUCUCACCCCUGCCGGCAGCCAGAUACACCCCCUGAGCUGAGGGCCUAGCUCUCAAACCGUGCCCCACUGGUGCAGGGUCAGGGAGCGGGUGCAGGAGCAGAAGCUGCAUGGGCUGAAGAGGCCUGGAAACGAGCGAGCCUUAACUGGAGAGGCGGAAGACCUGAACUCCUAGCCCUUGAACUUGAACUCUAGCCCUGGAUUUGCCUUCCCAAUGAAACUCCUUCUGCCUCAGCCCCUUCAUCUGUCACAUGCGGGCAGAAUGGGGUGGGAGAAUGCCAGGAGGCGGGUAGGCAGGAAGUCUUCAUGACUGUGUCGCGGGCAGUCAUGAAGAUGAAGUGAACGUAGACUAAAACGUAUGGCGAGUUUACCAGAGAGCCAUGAGGAAGUCUGAGCCCCUUUUCCCAUCCCCUCGACUGUACCUGACUCCAAAGAAUGCCCACACUGAAAUCUGAUAAUUAAACUAAAGCCCAGG